AUGAGGGUCAUUAUCAUGGGCAUCUUUGGCACCUUCAGAGGGCCGGCAGCUUUCCUGAUCACCACCCCGUACUCGCUCUGCGUCUGCCCCGAGGGCCAGAACGUCACCCUGACCUGCCGAAUCAGCGGUCCCCUCGCUGACCGCCACAACCUGCUCUACAAAACCUGGUACUUCAGCAGCAAUGGUGACCAGAGCUGCUCCGAGAAGAAGCAUAUCCGCAACGUCAGCGAGAAGGAGCUGCACCAUGACCUGGGCAGGCACCACGAGCCAUCGGGCAACGGCACCCAAAAAUCCCACCUUGGGGGCCAAGCCAGCCAUCACGGGGUGGAGUUUGUCCCUGACCACCAUGGUGCCUUUCACAUUGUGGUGAUGAACCUGACGCUGCAGGACAGUGGGAAUUACUGCUGCUACGCCGUGGAGGCCAGGCGGGAGCACGACAAGCCCCACACUAUGCAGGUUGCUCACAGCUUUGUGGAGCUGCAGAUCCAACAAGGCAGAGGAGGGCUUGAAAACUGCACAUUUCAUACUGCCACCAGCAAAGAUAUCACAGCUGCCGCACUGGCAACAGGCGCCUGCAUCGUGGCCAUCCUCUGCCUGCCCCUCAUCUUGCUCCUGAUUUACAAGCAGAGACAAGCCGUCAGCAACAGACGUGCCCAUGAGCUCGUCAGGAUGGACAGCAGUGCCCAGGGCAUCGAAAACCCGGUCUUUGAGGCAGUCCCCUCGGUGAGCGUGGAGCCGCGGCCCCGACCCCAGCUCUCUUACAUGGCCAGUCGGCAGCUCUCUGAGUCUGACCGGCAUCUGCUCUCGGAGCCUGGCACCCCCUUGUCCCCCCCGGGCCAUGGGGACUGCUUCUUCCCGACGCUGGAUCCUGUUCCCGACUCACCAAAUUCCUUGAAAGCCUAA